AUGGGGGACCUCCAUCUGAAUGACGGGAACCUCCAUUUUCUUGUGGUUUUCUGGGUCCACCUUGAACCAGGUGUGCUUCAUGGAAUUCUGGUCUUAGUCUUGAUCUCCACCAGCUAUGCGGUCGUGGGGGUCUGCCUCAUCCAGUUCGUGGCGCCCAGCUGUGGUGGUUCCGGCAUCCCCGAGAACAAAGCCUUUCUCAAUGGGGCACAGAUGCCGGGCCUCUACAGCGACUUGGACGGACCUUCCGAGACGUUCCUUCGAGACGGCCAUCGCACCUGCUGGGUGCGCGCGGGCACCAACAUCUUGGCCAACGCCGCCGGAUUCCCCGUGGGGCGAGAAGGGCCGAUGGUGACCAUCGGCAGCAACCUCGCUUACUUGCUCUGUGAGAAAGUCCUGCAGCCCUACGUGAGAGAAUGGGCACCUGGGCAUGGGUCGAGAGUGUGCCCUGCGCUCUUGGUGGAUGAGCAACGCUUGGCGCAUGCCACACGGAUCUCCUGUACCGUGGGCGGCGCCUGUGCGAUCGCGGUGAUCUUCAACGCACCCUUCGGGGGGUUGCUCUACAUGUUCGAGGAGGUGACGGCCGUGUCCUGGUAUGAAGAGCUCACCUUCCGGGUCUUCGUGAGUACCAUGUUCUGCUCCUUGCUCUCCUACGGCUUGUGCUGGUUGAUGGGCUCGGACAUCACCGAGUUUGUGAUCUAUGCCGAGACCCCUCAGAUCAAGAAGUGGGCUUGGGGUGAUGUGCCCAUCUUCGUGGCCUUGGCGGCCUUGGUUGGAGUCCUCACGUCGCUCCACACCCGCGCCAUGUGGCGCUUCGCAGCUCUCAGGCAAUCUUCCCGUGAGCGCUGGCGGCGUCUGCAGCCCUGGCCCGAGGGUGAGUCGGGCUUGGAAUAUGUGCCCUUCAACUGCCCCGAGGGGCAGUACAACCCCAUUGCCUCGUUGCUGGUGGCCACCUCUCACAGCCGGGGCUCGGUGAAGCUGCUCUUCUCCGGCACCAACGGAGGUGAGAUCCAUGCGAGCUCUAGCUUCUUGGCCUUCCUCACCUACACGAGCCUCAACAUUGGUUUGGCUGGGCUACCAGUGCCUGGUGGAGCGUUCACUGCGACCAUGCUCAUGGGCGGGCUGUUUGGGCGCUCUGUGGGCGCCUUCUGCCACACGCUGCAGGUGACUGGGAGCCCCUCAGGCGUCUAUGCAGUGGUGGGGAGCGCGGCGAUGUUGUGUGGCUUCAAGCAGAUGACCUUGGCCUCGGUCCUCAUUGUGGUGGAAUGCGUGAACGACCUGAGCCUGGCGCCCAUUGUGAUGUUGGGCGUGGCGGUGUCCAUGGCAGUGAAUUGGUCCAUGAAUGAACGCGGCCACGACGAGGAGGUGAUUCACCGCCGCGCGCUGCCGUAUUUGGAGCCCGAAGCUCCUCAUCGCUUUGAUGCAUUGGCAGCCUUGGAUUUGUGUAGUCCUUGCUGCCCCUUGCUGCCAGAAGCACCACUGGCCCAGGUCUUGAGCGCUUUGGAAGAGGAAGCCCACUAUUUUCCAGUGAAGGAACCGGACGGCCCCUGCCUGGGCAUCGCCAGCCGCGCGGCGGUGAAGUCCUUGUUGCCGAGUUCGAGCCAGGCGGAACAUGUCCAGCUGGAUAGCGAGCUGGUGGAAGAGCUCCUUCCCAUCCACCGCGUCAUGGACCCCACGCCCUUCACUGUGGUGGAAGACAUGCCAGCACCCAGGCUGUACAGUCUCUUCGCGAAAGCUGGCGAGAGGGCGGCCUGCGUGACCUCGAUUCGUGGCGACUUCCGCGGGCUGAUCAGCCGGGAACGGCUCAUCGCGUUGACGCGCUGA